AUGUCGUUUAUGAUCAAUUGCAAACGUAUUGUCGGUGCCAUCGAGGGAUCUUCUAACCCAGCCAAGGGUGGUUACAAAGAGGGCAAAUUCCCGGUCGACAAGUUGGCCAAGGUUUAUGAUGCAGACCGUCUAGUACAAGCAUUGAAAGUUCUCCACUCAGGAAAGGUCAUCAAGCCGGUGCUGAAAUGGGCGGACCUUUAG